AUGCUGGCGGAGAAUUUGCGUCCUGAAAUACCACACAAAUUUCCAAGCUCUUUGGAAAAAGAGAUCUAUCCACUGCGUUGGAGACCAGCCCCAAUCGAAGACCCUCCUGAUAUCAGUGGGCUCCCUUCUGCCGACGACGCAAUAUACCAAUUCAACACGGUGAAACAUCAUCUUGAUCAGCAUUACCGAUUUUUUGACGAAACUUCAUUCACAAGGCAUCUGAAUGAGUUCUACUCUGGAAAUUCGCUCCAAAAGGCCACUGAUAAUCGGCUUUGGUUUGUUCACUUCUUGCUGGUGCUUGCGUUUGGCAAUGCAUUCCUCCUUCGCACCCGCAAUACUAAAGAUCCCCCAGGGUCCAAGUUCUUCUUGCGAGCCAUGUCCCUAUUGCCCGACUAUGCAAGCUUAUGGACUGAUGGAUUGCUGGCCUUGGAAGUUCUGGCCCUUGCUGGGCUAUAUCUAUACUGCAUUGAUCAUCGAGAGUCAGCGCACGUGUAUGUAAGUAUUUUUCAUCACAUACUCGUCGUCAUAUGCGUUUUGAAUACUGACGGAUUGAAGAUCGGCCAAGCAAUUAGAAUCGCACAACUCGAUGGCUUACAUACCGAAUUGCCUGAAACCGAGCUCGGAGUAGAGACUGUGUCUCGAUGUCGAAACCUUUGGUGGACGCUCUAUGUGAUGGAUCGGCACAUUUCAUCCUCCCUAGGGCUACCAAUGACUACUCAAGACAGCGAUAUUACGACGACACUCACUCCUGCUUCAGCAGGAUCACGCCCGGAUGCUACUUUGGGUCUCCAUGUGAAACUCUCAUGUUUGUUUUCAUCCAUUUUGACCUCGGUUUACAAAAAUGAGAAAACUGAGCUCGGGACCUUCCUGGACAAGACGCGAACAAUUCUGCAGACCAUGACGAUCUACGCACGAGAGAUAGAAACCAUCAUACACCCAAAGACUACAAGCAGUGUAGAAACUAUGCCAAAGGGUACGCGGUAUAUCACACUGCUCUAUCAUCAGGUAAGAGUGCCAACAUCUGCGUUGGAGUCAUGGCUAAUUGCAAGGUGCCAGUGUGUUCUCGUUGCCACUCGACCUUUGCUCUUGUCGGUUCUUAAGGAACGACUAGAUAUGCUAGUGGAUCCAGCACAUCGAGAGGAUGACUGGAGAAGUUUCUUGGCACCGACGAAAGCCUUGAUCUCAACGGGAAUCAAGUCGGCCAUCCAAACUCUUCAGAUACUGACUGAUGAAGACAGCCUUCUGGGUAAGUGCAUUUGUCUAAACCAUCAGCAGAAGCCCUGA